GGCGCGCAGCCGGGGUUCGGGUUGGAUGGCGCCGGGCCUGGCGGGCUCUCCGCUCCGCGGGGCGUCCACACCUGCGGCGCUGCAGCCUCGCGUCCGGCUUCCCAGCGCCGGCCCCCACCCCAGAUCUCAAGUUCUAGGCGGUUCUUUUUUUCCCCUCGCACAGUUACCGAAACCCCUUCCCGCGGUCUCUGGCUGUUGGCAGCCCUUCCUUCGAAAGCCCGUGGCUACCCUAUUUGUGCCUCCUGAGUUCACUUAACCCUUUAUUAUCGCGCUUUUGAGCAUGUCCUAGGCACCGGAGCUGCUGCGAUGAGCCACAGUCUGUCCUCGUUCUGGGGAGACAGCUAGCAAAUAUACUUGAUAAUUACAGAAGGCCACAAAGGCCAGCACACAGGUCGUGGCAGGCGUCCGUCUCCACGAGAUGCCACUGCCUGAAGAGGUGCUGGAGCGAGCUUAGCCAACACCCGCCAGUCUCUCCCCAGGGCCAGGUUCUCUGCCAGGAACUGAGAUGCCCCUGUGAUCGGAACACAGGGCUCAGCCUUUGCUGGAGGCUGAAUGCUGUGUUCCCAAAUUCUUAGGUUGAACCCACAUUUCCGGUAGGAAGGUAUUAGGGGUUGAAGUCUUUGAGAGCUGACCAGACCAGAGAGACCGAGCCUCAUGAAUGGGAUGAUGUCCUUACAAAAGGGGCCAAAGAGCUGGGCAUGGUGGCACGUGCCUGUAAUCCCAGAAACUCCCGAGGCUGAGGCAGGAGGAUCACAAGUUUAAAGCCAGCCUGGGCAACUUAACAGACCCUGUCUCAAAAAGAGCUGGGGGUAUGUAGCUCAGGGCGUUCGUGGUGCUGGCAGCCUAGCAGGGCCAGCAGACAACACACACGGGGAAACAAUGGCUAUCUUUAGUGAAAAUACUAAGGAAAUAGGAGAUAAUGAGGGGUGGGAUGGAGGGAGGAGUAUGGAGAAAGGGAAAUUUUAUCUGAGACUUGAAGACUCAGAAGGUAAUGCAAAGAGUAAGGGAAAGACAAUUACAGGCAGAGGCAAGGUAAGCACUAAGGCCCUGGGGUAGGAAUAAACUUGAUGUAGUCUGAAACAAGAGAAGGCUGGUGUAGCCGAAAUGUGGGUUGGGAGGGAAGAGGUGACAUCGGUUGGGAGCAGGGUCUGAGAGUCUGACAGGAAUUAGGAUUUUCUCCUAAGGGUCUGAGGUUCCUUGGUCAGAUCUGUCUUUGGAUGGACCCUUCUGGGUGCUCUGAGGGGGAUGGAUUUGAGGAUUGGUGGCCAAGAGUGGAAUUUGAAAACCCAGACAGGGGAAGAUGCCCAGGAAGCUGUGUGGCCAUGGGGGCUCCACAGUGGACAGGUGGAUAGGGAGGUAUCUACAGUGAAGUCCAGGAUUCCAGAUGGGGUUGUGGAAGAGGUGCAGCUGAGGCGGAUUUCAGUGUGGCACUCCUGCUACAUCCAACUUUGCAGGAGGAGGCUGUUGCACCCCGGGCUGGAGCUCAAGAGCGACAGAAGCACAGGUGUGGAGAAUGAGGCCUGUCUUGCCCAUCCCCAGGUGUGCCACGCGCUGCCCCGGAGACCCCUGCCCCGCCCAGUGACUCCAGAGAUGCGUGCGCUAGUGGUGGACUGGCUGGUCCAGGUGCACGAGUACUUGUGCCUGGCAGGAGACACACUUUACCUGGCGGUGCACCUGCUCGAUUCCUACCUGCGUGCCGGCAGAGUGCGCCUUCACCGCCUGCAGCUGCUGGGCAUGGCCUGCCUGUUCCUGGCGUGCAAGAUGGAAGAGUGCGUGCUUCCCGAGCCUGCCUCCCUCUGCCUUCUGAGUGCCGGCUCCUUCUCGAGGGCAGAGCUGCUGCGCGCAGAGCGCCGCAUCCUGAGCCGCUUGGAUUUCCGACUGCACUAUCCUGGGCCCUUGCUGUGCCUGGAGCUGCUCACCGCGCUGGCCGGGAGUGGCCCCCAGGUGAUGCUGCUGGCCACCUAUUUCCUGGAGCUGUCCUUACUGGAGGCUGAGGCUGCGGGAUGGGAGCCUGGUCGUCGCGCAGCUGCGGCGCUGAACCUGGCGCAACGCAUGCUCGACGGAGCGGGCUCCAGGCCCAAGCCAAUGCUUUACAGCUCCGCGGAGCUGGACCCCCUCGAGCGGUGCAUGGUCCGCGCCUCUCUGCGGGGCCCGGCGCCGGGCCGCGCCGCGGUCUUCCUCAAGUACGCGCGGCCCCAGCGCCAGGGCACCAGCCUCGCCGCCGCCCUCCUGCUCCGGCGCCCCCAGCCUGGGCCUCCUUGAGCGCCACGACCCACCCAGAAAACAAACGCAAACUCUCACUGUGUGUUCGUCCCCACCUUAAUAAAAGAGUCUCUUUUAUUCUGA